CACAAACAUUCUCCACCAGCAGCACCUUGCCACCAACGUGCAUAAUUGUCUCCCAACCGAGAAAGAGAGGGGCAAACAACUUAUCAUCUUUCGUUUCUUCAUCGGAAAGAGACAGAGGAGGGGGAGAGAAGGAGGGGUGAUAAAUGGGCACCGCUGCCGCUCUCUCGGUCAUGUCUACUACCGACCAAGAGCAGCAACCUGCUACCGACGAAGGUCCUGUCAUUAUUGCUGAUGAUUUUAGCGCCGAUGACAGCUCUUCGGACCGGGCGACUAGCGUUGCAUCUUCAAGCACUAGCUUGGCAAGCUCAAUCCUCAACCACCGUAUCGAGAACGGCAGAACCUACCACCGAUACAAAGACGGUCAAUACAGCUACCCGAACGAUGAGAAGGAAGCCGAUAGGCUGGAUCUGCAGCACAACGUCUUCCUCCUCACCCUCGACUACAGGCUCGGUCUGGCACCCAUCGCCCAUCCCGAGGCCAAGGUAGGUCGCGUGCUCGACGUGGGUACCGGCACCGGACUCUGGUGCGUUGAAUUCGGUGACGAACAUCCUGACGCCGAGGUUCUUGGUAUCGAUCUGUCUCCGGCGCAGACUCAAUUCGUACCGCCCAACGUCAAGUUCGAGGUUGACGACCUUGAGGAGCCUUGGACAUACCACACCAAGUUCGACUACAUCCACACUCGCGCAAUGACCUCAAGCAUCUCCGACUGGAAGAGAUUCUUCAAACAAUCAUACGACUUCCUCGAACCAGGCGGCUACCUCGAGCUCCAAGAAGGCCACAUGCGCCCCGAAUGCGAUGACGGCACCCUCAAGCCCGACAGCCCCCUCAUCGAAUGGGUCGACCGUCUCGAGGAGGCCUGCAACAUCUUUGGUCGCCCCUUUGUCGACUGCCCCGGCCUCAAGCCCCUCCUCGAAGAAGUCGGCUUCGAGGACGUCGUCAUCACCAAGUACAAGUGGCCACUCAACGCGUGGCCCAAGGACCCGCACUACCGCGAGCUGGGAAUCUGGACGCUCGAGAAUAUGCUCGAGGGGCUUGAGGCGUGGAGCAUGGCGCCGUUUACGCGGGCGCUCGAGUGGACAAAGGAGGAGGUGAAUGUGUUUUUGAUUGGGGUUAGGAAUGAGCUGAAGAAUAAGAAUAUGCAUGGGUAUAUUCCGGUGUACAUCAUUCACGCGAGGAAGCCGCUCAAAGAGACUGACGAGAACGAAGAAGCAUCUUGAGAGUGAUGGGGCGGUCAAGAUCUAUAGUAGUCUUGAAGGGUGUUUCGGGGCGGGGGGUGGUCAGCUUAUAGUAGCUAACUGGGGAUAGUCAUAUUGAAUACCGUGAUGAGACACGAGCUCCACGUGGCACGUGAGGUAAAUCCGCAUCCAAUAUCUCUGAUCUAAGACCCAAUCACUCGUUCGCCUUUGCCUGCUUGUCAAUGUGAU